CGUCAAAAGCGACGAUGCCCGACAAAAUAUUACCGCGCAACACUGAAAGAGAGGUGUAGAGAGAAAAACGCUUCGGCAUCUCCGCCCACCGCCGACUUCUCCCCCCCCCUUUCUCUCUUCACCGUUUCUCUCUAUUCUAUUCUACCCAUAAUGUCGUCAAUCUCGAGCACUUCGGCCGGGUUACGAUACGGCUCGACGUCGGCGAUUUCCCAAGAGAGACAAUCAACGCUUCGGUCCAAUUGUUUUGGAACAAAUUUGCCUUUGAAAUCAAUUAAGAGUGAACCACGUCGCAUGUCAUGCUCAUCGACACGCGUUGGUAAUGGUUUGACUCUUCGUAUGGCACUAGUGGAUCAAAGUCUUGCGCGUAAUGUAUAUGUGGGCAAACAGUUUGGAACCUUGGCAUAUGAUCUCGUGCAGGGAGCUCUUGUCAAAUGGAGCUCUCUUAUGGAUAAGACAGUACCUGAACCACCAACUGCAGUUCUUAUCCAUGGCAUUCUAGGGUGUCGAAAGAAUUGGGGUUCUUUUGCUCGCAGGUUGGCUAAGAGUUUCCCAAUGUGGCAGUUUCUAAUUGUAGAUUUGAGAUGUCAUGGUGAGUCAGCAUCAAUUACAAAAGGACUGCCAAAUACUGUUGCUGCUGCUGGUCGUGAUGUCUUGAACUUGGUUGGUCAUCUUCGAAUUAUACCUCGAGUUUUAGUCGGUCAUAGCUUUGGAGGAAAAGUUGUCUUGAGCAUGGUGGAGCAAGCUGCAAAACCUCUUGCACGACCUGUGAGGGUUUGGGUACUGGACGCUACUCCAGGAAAAGUAAGAUGUGGUGGCCACGGGGAGGAUCAUCCAGCAGAACUGAUUUCUUUUCUACGGAAAAUGCCAGAAAAGGUUCCAUCAAAGCAAUAUGUCAUGGAUGCUCUUGUGCAAGAAGGGUUCUCUAAGGAUGUAGCACAGUGGGUUGCAAGUAAUCUCCGGCGUAGUGGGUCACUCAGCUCAGGAUCAUCCUUCUCAUGGGUUUUUGAUCUUGAGGGAAUUGCUGAAAUGUAUCACUCUUUUGAAGAAACAAACUUAUGGAAAAUUGUUGAGGAUGUUCCUCGAGGUGUGCAUGUAAAUUUUUUAAAAGCAGAGAGGAGCUUGCAUAGAUGGGCUCUUGAGGAUAUUCGACGAAUUCAUGCUGCUGAGGAGGUUGCUGUUGAUGAGGGAGGUGGUGUGCAAAUGCAUGUCCUUGAAGAUGCAGGACAUUGGGUACAUACUGAUAACCCAGACGGACUCUUCAAAAUUCUUUCUUCUUCAUUUGAGGGGUUCACAACCUAGCUCGGAAUGGUUUUAGAUCAUGUCUCAAGUCUCGACUGUCAACUAAAGUCUCGUGUCGUGUCCUGAUUAUGUUUCGGAACAUCAUCACUAACUUAAACCCAGGUAUUUAAUGUUAUUGAUUGGUUACUUUAGCCUGUAGGUGAUGUGGCAUAAUCAUAGAGAAUGGACAACAAGAUGAUACGCAUUAUAGAAUAGAAGACCUCUAUAGUGGAAGAAAUUGUAAUAUUUAGUUCACAGUAGCAUUAUUAGGUGCAUAUAGCCGUAUAGGAACCCAAACGUGUAUCAACAUGCAUCAGAAAACCCAUUGUUUUAUUUAUUUUGUAUCUUCCUCCUAAUAAGAUGUAUAAUUGUGGUUGAUCAUAAUUUUUUUUUUCCCUUGGUACGUUUUUACAAGUUAGAUGUAUGGUCAAUUGGUCAGCAACUUUUACUGAUACCAUUAUGAAUUCAGUACAAGGCCAAGUAACUUGCAACCAUAUUAAUUGCCUUUCAAAUACUUUAGUUUACGAAGUUAUUAUGUAGUUAUAAUGAAACCACAAAGACCUGGGGAGGGGAGGAGAGAGAGAAUUGAACGCAAGUGAGGAGGGAUAAAUUGAAUGCAGGCGCGGAGAGAUAAACUGUGGUGAGGAAGAAGGUUAGGGAGGAGAGAGAAAUUAUGGCAACUAGGGGGGAGAUACAAGUACAACGACCACGAGGGAAGGUAAUAACAUAGAGCAGAGAGGAGGGAUGCAACAGGUCAAGAAUGAGGGAGGGGAGAGAGAAAGAUUAAUGUUGAAGGUAUGAAUUGUGAGGUUAGGAAAAGUCUAGACCAAUUUGUUGAAAAUGAAGAAAUUGGAAAAGUGUGUUUUCUUUAUCUAAAGGAAAAUUUGGUAAUAUUAAUCCAACCUUUGGCCGAUUUUCUUUUAUUAAUCCCACCUACGACAUAUUUUUUAAUAAUCCCACCUUUACUACCCGACGACUUUUAUUGGGCUUAAGUGGCCGGUAAUCGGUGAAAAAGUCAACGAGAUGGUGAUGAAUUGAUGAUGAUGACUGAAUAUAUCGAGAGAGAGUACUGCCAUGUAGAGAAAUAAUGCCGAUUACAACAGUUUUAUGACAUGUUGGGCCCAAUAAAAGUUGUUGGGUAAUAAAUGUGGGAUUAUUAAAAAAUAUGUCGUAGGUGGGCUUAAUAAAAGAAAAUCGGUCAAAGGUUGGAUUAAUAUUACCAAAUUUUCCUUA